AUGUGGUCUACACGCGUACCGUCCUCUCGGCUGUCGUCCAGUCCCCACACAAGAGGAUGGCAGAGUCCACAGUUUUGCGACUAUCCGCAGGAGUUGGGACUGGCUUGGGAAGCACCAGCGCGGGUAUCCCAGGUGCAAAUCCUGUCGCAUCAGAGUAAAAUCGCCACCCAGAUCGAGCUGUUCGUAGGGCAUGGGGAUUCGUACGAGUCGGCGCACUUCAGGCGGCUUGGGUAUCUCAGUCUCAAUAGCAACGAGCGGUCCAAGUACCAAGCACGGGAGCUCAAGAGCGUUUACGUCAACGCUCCAGGACAGUACUUGCGAAUGCUAGUGCAUAAGUGCUACAUCAACGAGGUCAACCUUUUCAACCAGGUUGGAAUCGUCGCUGUUAACCUCCUUGGAGAGAAGCUCGGGAAACUAGCACCAGGGGCCUUGGAUGACCCCCCCGCACCAUACGGUGCAGGCCCCCGCACACUUCAGGCAUACCCUCCAGGGCAUACCGGGAGGGAGAUUGGGGCGACGAGGCCCAGCCACACGGAGUUGAACGAUCUGAGCUUCGACAUGAACUUUGACCCGGAAGCAGCUCAGCGGAUACGAGACAUCGCCAACGCGAAGGACAGGGCCGCACGUGCAGAGGACUACGAUACUGCUAAACUCCUCAAGGAGGCCGAGACUCAACUGAAGUCCCUCGGGAAACAACUGGCUAAACUAGAGGUUGCGAAAAGGCAGGCCGUGGAAGAUGAGGAUUACGACAGGGCCAAGAUGUUGAAGGUGGAAGCGGAUUCCCUCCGGUUGCAGAUCGCCGCGCACCCCAACCCGGAGCUCCGCACAAAGUUGGAAGAAGCAGGCGUUCAGGACUUGGAGGGCGAAGACAGGAUUGCACCGGGUUACAACGCAGGCCCUGGCAGGGAAGGAGGAGACUCUCCGGCUAGCCCGAACCAGCUUCCGGUGGACGAGCGACCUAUCGUUGCGCGCGAGCACGGCCAAGGACGUGCCGGUGCUAGCCCGGACGAGCGAUAUGGUGGUGGUAGUGGGUACGGCGGCACGGAUGCCUUGCAGGGCUCGCCACCGAAGGCGCCACCGCGGAUUCUCCACUCGGGUGAAGGGCGCAGGGCGCAUGGAUCACCAAACCAUUCAGCCCACCCAGAGAACGAGGGCUGGGAGGUCAGAGAUGGCGAAGAUGCAGAGGAAGGAAGGUACCCUCCUGGAGCACACCCCUUGGAGGGGGUACCUGAUCUUGAUCUUGAGGAUCUGGCGGAACCGGAGCCCUUGAGCGCCAAGGUGGAUCUCUCGGAAGUCCAAGGACUGAAUAACCUCUUGGGAGACUAUCUGACGCGAUGUCUGUACAGCAAGACGUGGUCUCUUCGGGAGGCUGCAGUCUUGAAGGUAUUCCUCACUACUCUGGACCUUCUGGAGGCAGUCCUGGUAUCAAUAGGGGCCUGCAAGGAAGCGCGGCACAACCAUGUCGUGGCCGCGCUGGAACCAACCGUCGCUACGCUCCUUAAGAAGCAAGGGGAUGGGCAAGCGCGCCUUCGAGACGGGGCGAUGAAUGGCCUCGUAGCUGUGGCCCGCUGCCGCACGGCUGGACCGGUGUUCGUGAGCCAUGUAGCCCUCAAGCCGCUGGUGAAGAAACAACUGUCAGCAUGGAGACCAAUCACGGCUAGACUGGUUCUAUUGAGGAAGCUGGUCAGCGAGUUUGGUCUCGAGGGCGGCGGCUUGACGGCUGACGGUAUCAUGAGCUUCAUUCAGUCUUGCAACGGGUUCGCGCACAGCAACGGCGACGUGCGAGACGCAGCGAGAGAAUUGACGGUGGCGCUACACGGCCUCGUUGGAGAAGAAAUUGAACCGUACCUAACGGGGCUCAGACCGAAGCAGCUGGACGAGUAUCACGAAGCGUUUCGGCAUUCGGGUGGUAAGACAAGCCGCCGAGCUUCCAGCGCAACUCGGACCCGGACCACUCCUCGUCGAGGCGAACCCGAACGUUCCCCGCGCGAAACGGCCACCCCAAGGACUGCCCGCAGCGCUGGCGGCAGCAGUAGAGAGAAGACGGGAACCCGUCCUGACCAGAGCCGCAGCCCAUUGCGGACAGAAAGAGGCGGUGCGCAUGCAUCCCCGGCGAAGUCGCCGACUCAAGCUUUUACGGCUGAGGAGACCGACGUUGGGCAGACGAAGGAAUCAGAGGAGAUGGAUGAUGACGUGUCGUACACGUGUCAGUUCUGUGGAAAGUACGACCCUUCCUUCACCGACGAAAAGCUCGACAUGCACUACUGGCAGAACUGCCCUCUUUUGAUGAGCUGCGAAGAGUGCGGCCAGGUGAUCGAGAUAUCUUCCAUACCAGAACACCUCUUGGAAGAGUGUCAGAACCGUGAGAACUACACGGAGUGCGAAAUCAGCCAUCUCGCUAUCCGCAUCGAGGACCUUGACAAGUGGCAACGCUCGAAGUCGUGCAAGCCUCCUGGGAAGGGUGGACCAGGCAGCACUUGUCCGCUUUGCUUCGAAGAUGUUGGGAGUGCUGACGACGAGGAGUAUUGGCGUGCCCACCUCAUUGAUAGGUGCACCCGGAAUCCCCGGCGAGUUUAGGCCGCAAAGCGACGCCUUGGUUGUAAGAGCAAUUGGUAAAAUUUGUUUCCUAGAUUGCUGUGUGGGAAAGACCGGGAGUGCACAACCGGGCACAGCAGAUCAUGAUGGAAAUAUCUGUGCAGGGCAAACUGCACUUUGUAUGUAGUCUAGUAGGGCGUUUAAGUGUUGUGAGGUUUUGAAAAGCGUUUAAGUGGUACGAUAUAUACGUACAAGUGGAUUGAUUGUGUUCUCUAGUUGUGGCAAUGGACUUAGUUGUGGUGUGAAGUUUUUAUCAUUCUGAUACAUGUAUUUUUUUGCAGAAGAAAGUGGUGUUAUGCGUUUGGGGUGGAAGAAAGGUGGAACGGGUGUGCAUAACGCUACGUCUGUCUCUGAG